UAGGAGGCUUUGUGGGGGACAGGCAUCAGCCAGGACCAGCAGCCUUCAGUUGGAAGCUGGUAGUGGGAGGAGGAGGAGCUCAGACUACUCUCACGGAAGUGUUUGUGCCCUUGGCGCUUGCUCUGUUGCUUUGUUUUUUUCUUUGUUUUAUUUUAUUUUAUUUUGUCUGUUGCGUUGUUUUGUUUUUUCUUUUUUUUUUAUAUGUUGAUUUGUUUUGUUUUGUUUUUUUCUUUUUUUUUUUUUUUAUUUUGUGUGUUUUUUGUUUUGAAAGUCCCCUUGUAAAGCACCCAUGGGGAAUUGCCUAGGCCCCAGCACUGGCCUCAGUUGUGCCUGCUGUGAGCCUUGUGGCCAGUCUGUGGCACCUGCGAACCAGCAUCCACCACUGCAGAGCCUGCCGUGUUACAUCCCGGAGUGGUGGAGGUCCAGGACGAGCAGUCCAUAAAAUCAAAGAGGCGCAAAGGUUUGGCUGGCCACAACAGGAGCUGGGCAGCAAAAAAAUGGAGGCAUAAGACCAUUUUCCCCAAUGAAAAUGAAGCUCCUGUUCAAGACAACUGAGAGGCUUCAGGAGGAGAUGUCACCUCACAUAGAGCUGCUGCAGGAGGAGAAUCGGCAGAAGCUGGGCAAGCAGGUGGCCGACAUGAAGAAGAAGAUGGAGGACAGUGUGGGGUGCCUGGAAACCGCAGAGGAGGUGAAGAGGAAGCUCCAGAAGGACCUGGAGGGCCUGAGCCAGCAGCACGAGGAGAAGGUGGCCGCCUAUGACAAGCUGGAGAAGACCAAGACACGGCUGCAGCAGGAGCUGGAUGACCUGCUUGUGGACCUGGACCACCAGCGCCAGACCGCGUGCAACCUGGAGAAGCAGCAGCAGAAGUUUGACCAGCUCCUGGCAGAGGAGAAGACCAUUUCUGCCAAGUAUGCAGAGGAGUGUGACCGGGCCGAGGCCGAGGCCCGAGAGAAGACCAAGGUGCUAUCGCUGACCCAGGCCCUGGAGAAAGCCAUGGAGCAGAAGGCAGAGCUGGAGCAGCUCAACAAGCAGUUCCGCACAGAGAUGGAGGACCUCAGGAGCUCCAAGGGCAAAAGCGUCCAUGAGCUGGAGAAGUCCAAGCGGGCUCUGGAGCAGCAGUCGGAGGAGAUGAAGACCCAGCUGGAGGAGCUGGAGGAUGAGCUGCAGGCCACUGAAGACGCCAAGCUGCAGCUGGAGGUCAACCUGCAGGCCAUGAAGACCCAGUUCGAGCAGGACCUGCAGGGCCGGGAUGAGCAGAGUGAGGAGAAGAAGCAGCAGCUGGUCAGACAGGUGUGGGAGAUGGAGGCAGAGCUGGAGGACGAGAGGAAGCGGCACUCCAUGGCAGUGGCUUCCCGGAAGAAGCUGGAGAUGGACCUGGAGGCGCACAUCGACUCAGCCAACCAGAACCGGGAUGAAGCCAUCAAGCAGCUGCGGAAGCUGUGGGCCCAGAUGAAAGACUGCAUGCGUGAGCUGGAUGACACCUGCGCCUCUCGUGAGGAGAUCCUGGCCCAGGCCAAAGAGAAUGAGAGGAAGCUGAAGAGCAUGGAGGCCGAGAUGAUCCAGUUGCAGGAGGAAUUGGCAGCCGCACAACGUGCCAAGCGCCAGGCCCAGCAGGAGCGGGACGAGCUGGCCGACGAGCUGGCUGACGAGAUUGCCAACAGCAGUGGCAAAGGAGCCCUGGCAGCCCGAAUCGCACAGCUGGAGGAGGAGCUGGGCAAUGAGCUGAUCAACGACCACCUGAAGAAGGCCAACCUGCAGAUCGACCAAAUCAACACUGACCUGAACCUGGAGUGCAGCCACGCCCAGAAGAACGAGAAGCAGCUGGAGCACCAGAACAAGGAGCUCAAGGUCAAGCUGCAGGAGAUGGAGGGCACUGUCAAGUCCAAGUACAAGGCCCCCAUCACUGCCCUCGAGGCCAAGAUCACACAGCUAGAGGAGUAGCUGGACGAGACCAAGGAGCGCCAGGCAGCCUGUAAGCAGGUGCGUCAGACAGAUAAGCUGAAGGAGAUGCUGCUGCAGGUGGAUGACAAGCAGAGAAACGCCAAGCAGUACAAGGACCAGGCCGACAAGGCAUCCACGCGCCUGAAGCAGCUCAUGCGGCAGCUGGAGGAGGCCGAAGAGGAGGCCCGGCGGGGCAACGCCUCCCGCCGGAAACUGCAGCGCGAGCUGGAGGACGCCACCAAGACGGCCGAUGCCAUGAAGCCUGAGGUCAGCUCCCUCAAGAACCAGCUCAGGCGUGGGGAUCUGCCGUUUGUCGUGCCACAACAAAUGGCCCAGAAAGGUGCCGCUGAUUGCUGGGAUGAGGAGGUGGUUGGCAAAGCGGAUGGAGCUGAGGCCAAACCUGCUGAAUAAGCCUCCUCUCCUGCAGCCUGAGAUGGAUAGACAGAGGGACACCGCAGCCUCCCCUUCCCAGACCCCGCAGCACGCCUCCCCCCUCCCCCCACACCUUCUCGAUACUGCUGUGAACGUGCCUCCCACCCCCAUCCCAUCUCCCUCCAGGCAUUGUGGAGGGCAUUUGGCUUCCUCUGCUGCAACCCCUUCCAGCUCCCUCCCCCACUCAGAAUCUGAUACCAAAGAGACAGGGGCCUGGGCCCAGGCAGAGAGUGACCAGCAGGCUCCUCAGUCCUCUCGCCAAAAAGCACAAGAUGAGGCGGCGAGGAGGGCAGGCCCCUGGGGAGGGGCCAGAGUUUUCUAUGAAUCUCUUUUUCUUCAGACUGAAGUCCUAUUUGGUAGUCAGACACCCCCGCAGGCAUCAGCCUCCCCGACCUCUGCCACCAGCGCCCCCACUCCUCCCCUUUCUUAGCUGUUGGCAAUCACACAUGGUAACCUCACACCCUGUGCCCCGUGGGCCUCUCCCUCCCGAAGCUCUGGAUGGUCUGGAAGGAGCAGGCCUGGGGGCUCCACCUCUGUGCAGGGCACAGAAUGCUGGGUGGUGGGGAGGAGUGGAUUCCUCCCCACCAGUUCCAGGCCACUGUCUCCCUCCUGAUUCUAAAACGUCUCAAGUGCAAUGCCCCCUCCCCUCCUUUACUGAGGACAGCCUGCCCUGUCACAGCAAGGCUGUCGGGGUCAAGCUGGAAAGGCCAGCAGCCUUCCAGUGACUUCUCCCAGCACUCUUGGGGACCAAUAUAUUUAAUGGUUAAGGGACUUGUCCCAAGUCUGACAGCCAGAGCGUUAGAAGGGCCAGCGGCCCUCCCGUGCGAUCUUGUGCCUGCUCCAGCACGGGGCCUGAGGGUAGUUUACCUGCACGGUUGACUCAGUAUAGUUUAAAAAUCUUCCACCUGCACAGGUAUUUUUGAAAGCAGAAAAAAAAAAAAAAAAAGGUUUUCUUUUUUCCCCUUUCUUGUAAUUAAAAUUC